UUAUUUUUUACUUGCAGGAUCUCGAAGGGAGAGUGCUCAUCCUAGAUUUGAAGACAACACUCUAAUCGACCCCACCUCCAUUGUGCUGGUUACUUAGUCUGCAUAUGAGGUGGGAACUCAAAGUGAAGUCAAACAUGGAAGAACAAAGAACCAGAACGAACGUGGCUUGUUGAAAACUAAACAGACACCGCCAUAAAUACAAUCUAACCAACCGAACGUUGUUAUUGUUGCCAUUGUCCUUAUUCAGCACCUUAUAAUCCUUGAUCGAGCAAACUGUCUGUCAUACGUACCCUACCCUUGAUAGUCCUGUCUUUAAUUAUUCAGAUGGUGUGUACUAAUGGCUACGUUAUUCGAAUUGAGCUUUUCAAAAAUAAUGUCGGAUGUAAUUUCAUAGAGAAAUUUUGACUGCUAUUUCUGGCAGAUCGAGUAACUGAGACCCACACAUUGAUUUCCUUUUUCUUUUCGUUUUUUUUUUGCCCAGACAAAUAACGAAGAACACGAUAGCAAAGAACAAAUGUGAUAACAAAGAUACCAUCUUAACUGAUACCUAUACCAUAGGUUAUCAACAUACAUGCUCACAUACAUACAUACAUACAUACAUACAUACAUACAUACAUACACACAUACAUAUAUGCGCGCACUUAUAUCGAACAGUGAGUAUGAGUGCUAAACACCGUAUUAGUGGAUAAAUGUUCUUCAUUUGUGGGAUAAGAAGGCUACCAUUGGUUUCAUGCUGAGAGAAAUCUCUCUCAACAAAUUAUCAAACCUGCCACGGAGAACGUUGGUACUCGUCUUGAUAUUCUAGAAACUAAAUUAUUAUUUCUGCGGUGAGAUAUUAUUUGUUAUUGUUCCCUGCAGGAUCAGUCACCCCAUGAAAUUGUAACCCAGAUUAUUUUAGAUUCCGUGUCAAGAGCUCAUGUUAAUUUCUAGUUUUUUUUUUUUUUUUCAUUUUUAUUAGAAUAACACCUGCCAUUUUUAUGUUUUUUUGCAAAGAACAUUUUUCUGUAAUUUCCACCAAAAGAAAUUAUCAAUUAAUUAAUAUCAUUCGAUUUAUUUUUCUCCUUUGAUUGGUACUUUUAGAUUUUAAACGUACCCUCUUGAGUUUUUCUCAACUAAUUGCAUGGAUAGUUAACCGAAGUUUUUCAACUCGUUACACAACACAUCUGUUGCUCUACCGUUACUUACAUUUAAAGACACCCAGGUGUACGCACCCUUAACACACACACGCUCUCUCUCUCUCUCUCUCUCACACACACACACGUGCAUAUAUAUAUAACCUAGUUGAGAACCCCUUUCAAUGUCUUCUCCAAAGACAGUUACAAUUGCAGUCCUAUCUUAUUUGUUGCUAUAAAAAAAAACUUUAUAGACUUCAAAUGAAUCUGGAUAUAAUUACCAUCAUUGUUAUUGCGAUUUAAAUAAUUGAGUCCGAAAUAAUAACAUCAACAACAACAACAGCAUUAAUAAUUGUUUCCAUUUGGGGCACAAAGCCAGAUAUUAAGAGGGGAGAGUAAUACGGUUACAUUGAUCCCAGCGCCUGACUUGUAGUUUUCUUACCAACCCCGUAGUGAUGAAAAACAAAGUUAACCACGGCAUCAACUACUACUAAUACAAAUACAAAUAAUAAUAAUAAUAAUAAUAAUAAUAAUAAUAAUAAUAAUAAUAAUAAUAAUAACAACAAUAACAAUAAUAAUAAUAAUAAUAAUAAUAAUAAUAAUAAUAAUAAUAAUAAUAAUAAUAAUAAUAAUAAUUUCUACAGUACAAUGGGUUCUAAAUUUUGGAAAACUGUUAAAAAGAUCCAAAUUGCCACUGGCGUUCAUCCUUACAGAAAUUUAGAUUUGGAAAAUAUAACCUUACCGAUCUUGGAUAUGGAGUUUCGUUACAUAUCACGAAACGACGGACAAAAAGAGUUGGUUGGCAAGGGUACAUACGGCCGAGUCUACCUGGGUCGCUGCAAAGGGAUGCCGAGCUUGGUAGUAGUGAAAUGCUUCAAGAACAAAGACAUGAAGGAAAUUUGCGCCGAAGCUAAAAUUAUGAGCCAUUUAUCAGAAACAAGGGUGGUGCCGAAAUGUUUCGGUUUGAUCCAGGAUGAAAAUUCAGAAAUACAACCGUGCUUAGUUCAAGAAUAUUUCGGACAAGGUGUUACCCUCUCAAAAUUUCUCUGUGAUUUGCGUAUUACGCUUAAGAGCAAAAAUUGUAUAGGUAUCUGUUUACAACUUUCUCGUGGAUUAAAGAAAAUACACGCUCAAGGCAUUUUAUUAAAUGAUAUUAAAACUGAUAACAUACUUAUAGAUCGAUACACUAUCGAUUUACAAAUUCGCUUUAUAGAUUUUGGGUGUGCUAGCACCCUGAAAGGAAUAUCGUUUGAUAUUUCGGAAAGUGAAAGCUGUUACCAUGUUGCCCCCGAGGUCAAAGCAAAACAACCAACCAGUACUUCGUCUGAUGUGUUCAGUCUGGGUCAUGUCUUUGAUGCAAUUCAGGACCUGAUGCGGGUGGAAUGUCUCGUUCCCCUCGUGAACAGCUGCACCAUGGACAACCCUAAAAAGCGCAUCAGACUUCAAGAUCUCGUCGAGGAUCUCAAAUCUCUUCACCACAAGAUAUUUUAUAGAGAAAUGAGAAACUGGGAUUAAAAAUGCAAACAUGCACGCGCGUGCAUACACACACAUACAUAUAUUCACACGCACCUACUUAUAUGCAAGCGUACAUUCGCACAUACAGUUUUAUAUAUAUAUAUAUAUAUAUCGGUGGAUUUCUAUUCUUUAUUUGUGAAUUAAAAAAACGUUACCAUUAGUUUCAUGUGGAAAACAUUCCAUAAUCUUCACAUGAUCCAAAAUAGUAUUCUCAUCUAAAAUAAAGGUGAUUACCAGCAGUUUUAAGUGGAUCGUUUGAAGAGUGUGUUAUUAAUCCACAAAUACUAUAUAUAUAUAUAUAUAUAUAUAUAUAUAUAUAUAUAUAUACACGCACACACCUACACACAAGGGAUAUUAUACAAAGAAACAAAUUAUAUUUUUUAAAAGCCCAAGGUGUGCAUUGAUCUCCCAUGCUUCAGCACAGAAUACAAUACCGGAGUGCCUUCAAUUUAUACGUACAUUUAUAUAUUCUUAAUUUGUUCUCAAAACCUUCCAGUUUGUUUGACAUUAAUAGCACUAUUUAAAAAGAGGCUAUACAUAUGAGAACGCAUCUAGCGGUGCCACUUGUUUAUAUGUUUUCAACAUAUUUAUAUUGGAGGAGAGAUAUAUUAUCUUUCCAAUUCUCUGAGAUGAAGCAAAAUAUUUCUUGGAAAAUAUUAAUAAAUAUAUUUAUUUAUGUUUUUU